AUGCUACCAUGGCAAAAGAGGCGGCCACUCGAUUGGAUGCUUUUGUUCGAUAGCAAGAUGCCAGUCGUGUACACAAAUGGAGAACCUAUUGGAGAGAUGCAUCACGGAAUUCUCAUUGCUGUUGAUGGAAAUAAUGCCGGCACGUAUUUGAGACAAAAGAUGUUGGAAUUGAUGUACAUCUCUGGAAAUGAUCUUAAUCUCGGCCCGUGCUCCAGCCCAUCGCUGCCCAGUAAGCAAGGCUCUGCCCUUGCUCAAUUGCUUGAGGCGCCGGCUACACCAGAUUCUGGAUUCGAAGAAAACGAGCAGAGAUCGAUCGAAUCGACUGGACAACGAAGGAGUUCAUUGACGAAAACAGCGGCUUCAAAAGAAGUACCCAGCGAGAAUCGGAUCGCAGACCAAAUCCAAUCUGAGCUCUUCAGCGACAUCUCUCCUCUGCUCACCGCUUUCACUCGCGACGUCGAUUUGAGCGACAAAUUUGACGAUAUUCAGACAGGUGAUUACCCUCAAUCGAUCACUGAAGCCCAAACGUCUUUCGUGAGUGACUUAGUCGAUCUGGAUCAGUGUCCUGGCCCUUGGCAACUCCCCGAUCAUUUCGUCGACCUUCAAUUCAAUGACCACGAGAUAUUCGAGCUCAAAAAGAAAGAAAAUGCGAUGAAGCGCCCCGGAUUGCCUCUUUUGGAUGAUGGACCACUAACAAAACGACACAUUAUACAAACGGCUCCUCAAAUACCACAACAAGCGGAAUUUGAAGAUAUUUUGGUGAAAGAAGAUCAAAAAUUAACCGACAAGUUGUUGUCUUUAACACAAGAAUCGAGAAAAGAGGAGGAAGAGGCGAAAAUUGGGGCGGUGAAGAAAACAAGGGCGAAAACGAAGUUCGAAGUGAUCAAGGCCAAAAUCCUCAACGGCACUAUUCAACCGAGUGAUCUGGAUCAGCUGAGCACUCGUCGCACCCAGGAUGCGAUUCGAAUCAAACGUGAAGUGUUUUGUCAAAAAUUGAUGGAAUACGCCUUCAUUCCCUAUGAUUUGAGUCUCGAUGAGGGUGAAGGGCAACUGGAUGAUGAGGGAAAAGAUGUUUCAAAAGAUCUUGUGAAAAGUCUGGUGAAAAAGUUGGACAAAUCGAAUCGUUUGGUUGAUUUUGCGGCGAUUUUCACGAGCAAAGAUCGAGUGCACACCGAUUGUUUCACGAUUUUGAAAGGACUGGACGGUCGAAUCCAAGUCUCCACCCGCAAAUUUCAACCCCACCUUUGCUAUCCCCGUCUUUUUCGCUAUCCGGGUCUUCGCUCUGGCCGAGAGCUUCGACCGGUUGCUCACUGUACUCGACCAUUCACCGAGAAGUUCUCAGAACAGGUGUGCAUAAAUCCGUGGCACGUCGAAUUAUUGCCGUCUUCGACUUGCCCCCGUCAAACCCCUCCUCUUCCAAUCACACCAACAAGCGAAACGAAGAAGUUCGACGUACUCUACUCCCAAUCGUCUCAACCAUCGUUACCGUCGACUGCGUCGAAUAUUAGUACACCAAUCUCUGUUGUUGGAGGUGUUGGAUGCACUCCAUCACCGCCAUCUGGAGCAGUAAACCUGGCCCCAACAAGAGCGAUCUCUUCGACGAAAGGUCCAACCAUUCUUGGUUCCUCCACGCAUUCACUCACACAUAUGGGUGAUACGACACCACAACAUGAGCAAAUGUUCGGUGAUGCCGACUUGGCCGACGCGCUCGAGUUGAUCAGCGAGGAUUCGAUGAGAAUGGAGAGAGGCGGGGGAAAAGAUCCGAUGAUUGGUGGAACGCCUCUCCCCGCACAAAUGGGUGUCUACUCGAAUUCACCACAUCGGAUAGAUGUCUCGUCCCCCUAUUCGGAUCUCCCCUCUCUUCCUCCACCAUCUCAGCCACUCUCCCACCUUCCCAAGCCGAUGCCCCCAACGAGUGACUUUUUCUCCUCACAAUCACCAUCAAUGGUCUCAAGAUAUCCAAGCCAAACACCGUUUAUGACACCUACUCAAAGCGUCCUUCCUUUGCAAUCUCAAGGAAUGGGGAUCUCACAACUUGGUCGAUCGCAAGUCAACCAAGGGAUGAAUAGACCGGUGAUAAACCCAUUCGCGAACCCGGUGAAUCCACAAAUGCGGUUGUCGCACUUCCCAAUGGCGAAUGUGAAGGUCGAGACCCUGGAACCCUCAUCCUCACCCCGGCCUCGAGAAUUCACAUACGCGGUGGUGUCCACUCAACAACAAGGCCCACUCCAUCCACACACCGCUGCUAACAUUCCCACAACAUCGUCCUCAUCACCGAUAAACAUCUCAGCAACAUCACCUGGGUACAUGGUCGCCUCUCCACAAGCGUAUCUCGCGCACUGGGCCCAGAUCAUGUACUACGAGUUGGACGAGAGAGUUGGUGAAACGUAUAAACCGACGAUCGAUCAAAUCACCGUUGAUGGGUUCACUUCAACAAUCGAACCGAAUCGUCUCUGCUUGGGUGCAAUUUCAAAUGCGCGCAGAAAUCCGGCAGUGUUGGCUGUGAGGAGACAAAUUGGCCGUGGAAUCCAGUUGACCCGUAGCGAUGGAGUGGUUCGAUUAGAGUGCAACUCCGAUUCCCCGGUUUUCGUCCAAUCACCCGUUCAUGCACACCAUAUGGGCGAGAACUUGGCAACCAUAUAUCGGAUAGCAAAAAAUCACUCAAUCGAGAUUUUCAACGAGCAAGCUUUUGAGGAGAUGUUGAACGAGGCGAGGAAGAGCUACAAGAGAACGUAUCAAAUGCAGAAUAUGUGCCAAGCCCGUGUUUCUUUCGUGAAGGGUUUCGGUGCCGAGUAUCGCCGGCAAACGAUUCAGAUGACCCCGUGCUGGAUCGAAAUUCAUUUUCAGGAUCCAUUGCAGAGAAUAGAUAAGAUUCUCCGCUCUUUCCAAGAUCACGAGGGUUUCGCCUCUUCAUUUUCG